CACAACAACUUCUGUUUUUUCUGUAUUCAAAGCUAAAGAGAAGUUCAGCAUACCCCCUGAGACAAACAUGUAUGUGCUGGAUGACAGUGGAACAGAGGUUGAUGAAGAGGUCUUCAGCGACAUCUUGGAGGAAAAAGCAGACAUCCUGUGGACCAUUGUUAAUGUUCUUUCAGUUUCUGACUCUCCCAUCCAGUCCUCGUGCACAAACACCUUGUCACUAUCAUCACCCUCAUCGGACAGUGAUGCUUCUCUGAUGUCCCCAAAAAGACAGCGCAUUGAUGACACCUUUGUGAUGUCCCCAAAAAGUCUACAUACUGAUGACAGCCAAAAAGAGGUGAUGUUUUUUCAGAACAUUUCUCUUUAUGUUGUAAACAUUACAUUUACCUGUUACUGUUACCAUAACAUUUUUACCUGUUGUCAAGCUUGUCAAAAGAAUUCUGGAACAAAAGCCUGGAGGUGAGAAAAUCCUUGCAAAAUAUACAAUGACAGGAGAGAUGAAGGACCGAGCACGCCGUGAUCUCGUCAGCAUUGUUGUUGCUGAAAUGUUUGAAAAGUAUGGACGUGCUCCCCCUAUGGAUAAAAGAGCACAGUAUGCAUUGGGGAUAGUAACACUGUUCCCCUCUCUAAAAGAUCCCUACUCCAAAAAAGGCUAUGAACACUUUUUUGACAUAGACAGCAAUGAGGGCUACAUUGCCUGGAAGAUUAAAAACACACAGCGAGAACUCAGCAAUGGCGGUACCAAUGGGGGUAGGAGAAGGAGCUCUCACACUACAGGCAGCAGCGGACCAAACUUAGAGAGAGAAGUGACUAAAGUGCAGCAGUUGGAGGGAGACCAGUGUCGAGAGGCCAUAUCUCUACUGAAACACAGCACAGACAACGAACAGAUCUUCAUGAAAAUGAGAGAAACCUUCCAGCACAGGCAAAAGUUGAUCCAUGAUCCUGAGCAAUGCAGCACAGUGCUUACUGUGUUCCCAAGGUUUCUUGACACAAAAGGCCUGGUGGCACACGACUUUGACCUGUUGUUUGGAGCUGAGACUUCAUCAAAACUCCUUGAGAAAUGGGAUUUCCUGAAGGCCAAAGUAAUAGAGCAAGCCAAGGACAUCAGCAAGACACCCCUGCUUGACCAUCUCAUCCAGUCUGCAGAGGAGAACACUGAUGAGGAUGACGAGGUCCCAGGUUGGGAUAGUGACAUGGCCUCACUGCUACUGCUGGUCUACCUACUGCCACCACCUCCAAGUGGAAAGAAGGGAGCUGUAAAGAUCAGUACCCGGGAAGCUGUGGACCAUGUAGUCAAAUUUCAUAAGUCAUGUCGCAGCCUUCAGGAGCACUCUGGUCCAAACCAGCGGAGGCAGCCCUACAUCCUGGCAGUUGGGACGACAAGAAAGCACAUCCACGAGUUCUACAUUGCAUUGGAUGGUGAUCUCCUUCCCUGCAAGGGCAAGUCUUCCCUGUCAGCCUUUGAUGAACUUGUCACAAGGUGAC